CCGCACUAGCCGCGUUUUGCAGCUACGAGACCGGCUACGAGAAGUCACAGUACUUUAUGAUACAUUUUGAAGUAUAAAUACGGAUUUUGUGGGUUAUCAUAAAACACUACUGACAUUUAAUCGUGUCCUAUCUGUGUCAAUGUCUCUUAGCAUACUUGCCCAGAAGACCAUACCCUUGGCCAUCACCAUGAACCUGGGGAAGAUCCCUGGGCUGAAGGGCCUGGUGGCCGGCUCUCAGGGUAAACGUCGUUUCAAAGGUGAUCUCACCCUGGACAUGAUCAGCCCUCCGCUGGGGGACUUCCAACAUACCAUGCACGUGGGCCGCGGAGGGGACGUGUUCGGGGACACCUCGUUCCUCAGCAACCAUGGGGGGGCCACCAACGGAAACGGGGAUGCUGAUUCUGUCACAAGCCCUGACAACAAGAUUGGGGCGUUCUUCUCUCGGACCCUCCGGCGUGUUCGGAAGACACCAGAGCGUCCCAGGGGAGGAUCCAAGGACCUGUCCCCGCCACCCCCUCCCAUAUCCCCCAUUAUCAAGAAUGCAGUGUCUCUCCCCCGACUGGAUGUGGACUCACCAAACGGCUGCCCUGCUAAAAACCUCUUCCCUGCCUCUCCUACCUCACUGGAGGAGACCACUUAUGGUUAUGGUGAGUCUUACUCUUGUUGUGUGAUAAGAGAGCCGCGCCAGACAUGA